UUCCACAAUGGAGAGAAGUGCACGAUCGUUUCCUUUUGCCUUCUAUGAUGUAAUGGGUGCAGAAGCAGAAGCUGGUGUGAACACUCAAGACAUCAUCAGUGCUUUAAAAGGUCACAUGAAAGAGGGCUACAAGUUGAAUCGCUUUAACGCAAAGCAGCGAAAAAUAAAGACGUCAGACGGAAGAAAUAUCGAGCAGCACACACCGAGAAACACACUACAGGAAUAACACAAUAUUUAAAGAUGGGAGGAUCUCCAGCCAAACCUGAAUUUGUUACAGUUCUGGCUGAUAAAAAUGUUACAAGUGGAGAAAGAGUUAUUCUUCGAUGUGAGGCAAACACAGAAGAAGUAACGGCAACGUGGGAAAAAGACGGAGUAAAUUGUCAUGUGUGGAGGGCAAACACAAAGUGUACAAAAUAGGUAAAACUUUUGCUUUGGAAAUUUCAAAUGCUGAUGAGACUGAUGAAGGGAAAUACACUUUAACCCUCAGCAAUGAUAAGGGAUCUGCAUCAUGUUCCGCCCUCGUCAGAGUCGAAAUGAAGAAAUGGAGAGAAGUGCGAUGGCAGAGUCAAGCUGAAAUGUUGAAUAAUAUCAAGACAUUUAACAUUUGUAAUGAAGUUGAAGAGCUCCACUUCCUCUUGUAUGGACCAGUUGGAGCAGGAAAAUCCAGCACCAUAAACACCAUCGAAACCAUCUUUGAAGGACGUCCGUUUGUAAACUGCCAGGCUGCUGCAGGAUCUACUACGAGUCACACUCUCUCUUUUGAACGUUACAGAUUUGAAGAUGAAGAAAGAUCGUUUCCUUUUGCCUUCUAUGAUGUAAUGGGUGCAGAAGAAAAAGCUGGUGUGAACACUCAAGACAUCAUCAGUGCUUUAAAAGGUCACAUGAAAGAGGGCUACAAGUUCAUCUCGAAUGCUCCGUUGUCUGAAAGUGACCAUUAUUACAAUCGAAAUCCCAGCCUGGGUGAUCAGAUGCACUGCCUGGUGAACGUCAUAGCAGCCGACAGGAUUUCAUUGAUGAGCGUUGAAUAUAUAAAAAAAUGGAAGACUAUCAGAGAAACAGCGAGCAGUAUGGGAAUCCCUCAGGUGGUUUUCAUGACGAGAGCAGACUGUGAAUGUAAAAUAACAAAGGAGAAUUUGCAAAACAUCUACAAAAGCAAAAAGAUCCGAGAUAAAAUAAUUCAGAGCAGUAAUCUACUGGGUGUACCAGUGAACCUCGUCUUCCCUGUCGUGAACUAUCAUCAGGAGACCAACGUGGACGCGGAUAUAAACUGCCUGAUGCUGGAUGCCUUAAAAAUAUUGUCCCCUGGGCGAAUGAUUACGUGAAGAAACGUUCCAACACCCAAAAUGCACAUCAGCAACCAAACAAUGAAUAAAUAAAAUAAAACAUUUAAAUGACAGAAAAUAUAAAAAAGCAGUGCAACACAACUUGAAAAUCUAAUGGAUACAUAUUAGUAAAAUCCAUGCAACAUCACAGGAACAGACUGAAUUAGAAAAAUGUUAUAAGUUAAAGAACACCUAUAUUUGUGUCUGCACACGAACCUAUUCCAUGCCAUCAUUGUUUUUUUAUAUACUAAAGUUAUGAAUUCAUAGCAUCAUUCCGUAUAUACAUAUACCUAUAUAUAUUAAUUAAACAAAUAUAAUGAACAAUUUGUGCAACAUUUACAAAAGACAGAAGAUCAGGGAGAAAGUUAUUAGUAGCAAAGAUUCCUGCUACAAAUACAAAUGAGGAACUGUAUCUUUUCCGUGAAGAACAUCACGAGCUGGAGGUUUUGAAUAACGUUGUACGAUGGGUUAAUGACAAGAGUGUGAAUUUGCAUAAUUAUCUAGAGCCAUUUGUUUGUUAAUGCAAAUAUACUUUACAUUUAUAGCAGCAACACAUUAAAGCUUUACACUGCCACAUUUCCAGUAUUAUGUACAAUAUUUAACCUUUUUACUUUUUAACUUGUGUCAAAUCUCAAUCUAAAACAAUGGAAAUAAUUUCUGAUAUUUUGUGAAGGUGAAGUUUGGUUCUCUUGUUGAAGACAAUGUUCUAGUGUAGCAUCUUGUUAUUGUGUCUGCAGGUAUAAUUAACUUGGACUGCACAUGAUCUUAUUGCUUGCUGAUGUGAUAAAUUCAUGCCACUAUAACAGAUUAUAUAUUAGGUUUAUACAUAUAUUCAAAAUAAUUAAACAUAUAAAGCAAAA